AACUUUUCCGGGUAAUCGCCGGAAAUUGAGUUAAAGUUUUGUCUCCGGUUGGCGCCAGUUGGCCAUUGGCGCUGGCCAACUUUGGACCUGACCGAUGAUAAACUGAAAAGUGAACUUUUGUAAGAAUUCAGCUCUUUUCAGUACCAAGUGGUCUUAACAAAAAUAAUAAAAUCCAGAAUUCAAAAGCAAACAAAUUUGUUGAAAAAUAGUUGCAAUGCAAGGCACUAACAAAACUAAGUAGAGUGACCUUUAAGUUUGCGUAAACAAAAUAACUCAAUAAUCACGGCAGGGUCACCGGCGGAUAGCUAAUUGCAGCUAACCCCAUUGGCGUUUAGCAAACGGAAAAUGGUUCGUGACCGCUGCAACCGCAUUGCCGCCAAACCACCGACCGCACCACCGAAGGCAUCCCCGUGGCGGCGACACACGACAUCCUUGCCAAAUGCGGCAGUUGAGGCGCUGGCAAGAAAAUAAGCGCCACUUUCGCGUCCACCUUUGCGGGCACGUUCCGGAUCCUGUUUGGAGAAGCUCGUAAAUUCGCGGGGUUUCGGGUUUUCGUGUUUGCGGGGUGAGGCCAACCAGACAUGGAGGCCAUCAUCAUGACGACCCUGCCCACACUGACAACGGAUGCGGCUGAGAGCAGCUUUUGGCUAACCGGAGCCCUCUCGCUUUCUACGAUCUUGGCCAACUCGAGCCACGGCCCAACCGGCAGCACUUCCUCGGCGGCAGGCAAUCCCUCGGCGGCAUCCUCGGCGGUGAAUGUGGGCAAGGACCAUGACCAUGACAAGCACGUGAAUGACAGCGUCUCCACAGCUCUGAGCAAUUACAGUUCAUACCCCAGCUACAUCCACUACCGGGACAAAUACGAUCUGAGCUACAUAGCGAAAGUUAAUCCUUUUUGGCUGCAGUUCGAACCGCCUAAAUCCAGUACAUUUCUCGUGAUGGCCGCCCUAUACUUCGUCAUUUCGGUGGUCGGAUGUGUGGGCAAUGCCUUUGUCAUCUUCAUGUUCGCCAACCGCAAAUCGCUGCGAACUCCGGCCAAUAUUCUGGUGAUGAACCUGGCCAUCUGCGAUUUCCUGAUGCUCGUCAAGUGUCCGAUUGCCAUAUACAACAACAUCAAGGAGGGACCGGCAUUGGGUGAUGUUGCCUGUCGCAUCUACGGAUUUGUGGGCGGUCUAAGUGGCACCUGUGCCAUCGGAACGCUCACGGCCAUCGCUCUGGACCGGUACAAUGUAGUGGUGCACCCGCUGCAGCCGCUGAGACGUUGCUCCCGCCUGCGCUCCUACCUGAUUAUCCUGCUAAUCUGGUGCUAUAGCUUUCUGUUCGCAGUGAUGCCGGCCCUGGACAUUGGCCUUUCUGUAUAUGUGCCUGAGGGAUUUCUGACCACCUGCAGCUUCGACUACCUGAACAAAGAGACCCCCGCCCGCAUCUUUAUGGCCUUGUUCUUUGUGGCGGCCUACUGCAUUCCGCUGACCGCCAUUGUGUACUCGUACUUCUACAUCCUGAAAGUGGUCUUCACAGCCAGCAGGAUUCAGUCGAACAAGGACAAGGCCAAAACGGAACAGAAGUUGGCGUUUAUUGUGGCGGCCAUAAUUGGAUUAUGGUUCUUGGCUUGGUCCCCAUACGCCGUGGUGGCCAUGAUGGGGGUCUUUGGCCUGGAGCGGCACAUCACGCCCCUGGGAUCGAUGAUUCCGGCCCUCUUCUGCAAGACAGCUGCCUGCGUGGAUCCCUACCUGUAUGCGGCCACUCACCCGCGGUUUCGUGUCGAGGUGCGCAUGCUCUUCUACGGUCGCGGGGUCCUGAGGAGGGUCUCCACCACCAGGUCUUCGUACAUGACCCGAUCCCGAUCCUCGUUCACUCACCGAUUGCGCAGCAGCAACACCGGCGACACAGGAAUGGGGGAUCAUCGACUGGAGGGCUACCUGAUGAACAACAACCUCAUGAUGGUGCCCGAGGAGACGGAGGAGAACGAGGAGAUCAUCGUGGUGGCCGAGAUCAACAAUUCGGUGAGCAGUGUCAUGGAACAGAGUAAGUUCUGAAGCGGCACUACAAUAUAACCUAAUCUGCCAAAAAAAAACAAUGCGAGCAUCCAUUCAAACACUGUAUUGUAGAGACCGAAAUAACAUAAAACCACUUGUUAACAUUGCUUAUAAUUUGUUUUGAAAGAUCGUAAAGAUACAGAACUUUAUGUUUCUGUGUCUAUGUUUCAGUAUAUUGUUUUAACCCCUUUGUCUUUAAAUAACUGGCUGAAACUAUACUCAAUUUAUGAUUAAUUCCCUUUUUGAAUACGUUUUCUUUUAUUACUGUAAUAUUUUGUGUGCUUUACAUCAAACUAUUUAGUCUGAUUGAGAUGCCUAAUCAUGAGUUGAAAUAUAUCAAGUCAUUUUCCAAAGCCGUGGAGGCUUCAUUGUUGGACUAAUUUAACUGAGUUGUAUGUGGAAAUAAUAGGCACAACUGAAAUCAGGCGGCAGGACAUACGCAAAGUAAUUUCACUCUCCAACAAUGGACAGCAAUGGCACUAUUCAGUGGGCUUCAUGCAAUGUCAUUGAUGGACCUACAAUUGAAAUGAAAAUAAUAAAUAGAAAUGAAGCAGGGAAUUCCGACGAGCAGUGGCCGAGGGACAAGAAACAACGACAGUGGCAACCACACUGGUGAUAGUAAACAUAUUUAAUGAGCUUAUGUGAUGAUUAGACAGGGACAGUAAGGAGCAGACAGGACGAAAAACAGAAUGGACAACCUAGUCGAUAUAUGUAUUUAUGACAGCGUAUGAAGGGGAGGCAUAUUUUGGGGGGCAAAGGAGAAAGGUUGAGUUAAGUACAAAGAAUGGGGUGGGCAUGGUAAUUCGAUAGGAAAAUUACGCAGAAUUUCAGGGAAAGUCACUCAGAAUCAAGUUUCCGCCGUGGGUACAAGCGGAUUUACAGAAUGUGUGCAUUGUAGUAUAAUAUUGGGUAUAACACAAUCAAAAACAGAUUGCGGACUGCUUGGAUUUCAAUUGUGUAGGUCUCAAUAAAUUAAAUUAAUUGCGUUCAUGUCUCAAUGUCUAAUCCGGUGGUUCUGUGUAUAGAUAUUAUAGAUUGUAUACAAUGUCUACUCUUAAACCUAAAUAAGCAAAUGACUUUGAUAAAGUCAUCGAGUACUUGUACCUGUAAGGAUAAUACAAAAAAGCGAAGAAUUGUAACUAAGCCAAAUAUAUAUCGAAUUUAUACUCUUGAUACUUAGCCGUAUCAUUUUAUAUAUGUACAUGUAUAUCGGGGACAGGAUGUCUUGCCACAAUGGGCCAGAGAACAAUGGUAACGCCAGAUGAAUAAGUCUCGGCCAGCGUUUUAAUUACUAGAACACAAAUUUAAGCCAUUGUUGCGACAAACCUAUAUAUUUCCUUCACUACGUGAACGAACAAUGGACACUGCUGUUUGUAACUGUGCUCAAAAUGAAAAUGCAGAAAAAUACCAAAACAAGUGGAAGCGAAAAACAAUGAGAAAGCGGGAGAAAACCAUUUAAUUAGCAUAUUUAAAAUGCACUUUGACAGCAAUUUUCUGUGUGCAUUGUGUGUGUUUUACUCAAGCAGCUUGUAUUUAAAUU